AUCUCCACCAUGACGCUGACCAGGGUCACCGUGCUCCUCGCUCUCGGGCUCCUCUGCUACUUGGAGGGUGCUGCCGGGCAGGACGACCAGGACGAUUACCCGAAGCACGUGAACUGCCCGGGUGCCUACGCCCCGGUGUGUGGCACGAACGGCAAGACGUAUCACAACAUCUGCUUUCUGAAAGCGGAGAACCGAAAAAGCUUGCGCACCAUCCGCGUGAAGCACAGGGGACCUUGCCAGGACGACGACUUGCAUGAGUCCUGAGCUUCCAGGCUGGUGAAAAGGAUGCACCCCGGCGCCCACGCCCUCCCCGCCGUCACGCUCCCUGCCCCUGGGCUGCCUGGCCUAGAGGCCCCACUUCUCCCCUCUGCACAGAGACCCGGUGUGUCCCCCCCAGCCCCUUCUUGCCCUUUGCUUGUGCAAUAAAACCAAUG